GUUUGAAAUAUUUAGACUAAUAAUCUUUGAUUUUAUAAUAAUUUAUUUAAUUUUUUUUUCUUUAUUGGGUUAUGAGAAUGCCUCAUUCUUAAAUUCUAGCUAAGAUGAUAAAAUAAACAUAUAAAAAGCUCACUAAAAUUUUGAAAGUUUCUGGUUACUAAAUUUCAAAUUGGGCUUUCAAAGAACUUUCAAUCUUUGAGAAAAUAAAUAAAUAACACACACACACCCUAAAACCCUAAUUCUCAUGAUUUCCUCCGGUCCAUGAAUACAUCAUUACAUCAGAUUUUUUUUAUUUUUUGUGAGUGAUAAAUUGGAGGCUUGAAACAUACUGUAGCUUUGUGGUUAAUGGGUACCUGUCAAUCAUGACAAAUUCAUAAACAAAUGAUUGAGAAAAGAUUUUUUCUUUUACUUAUUCUUUCUAGUUUUCAGAAAUAUUCUUGAGAGCUGUCGUUGAUUGUUGUUUUUGUUGUUGAUAGAUGGGAUUGCUUUAUUUUUUUAUUUUUUUUGGCUACUGCCCAUGAGCAUAGAUUCUCUCUAUGUUGCAAAUCUCACAGCCUCCCCUCUCUCCUAGCUGGGUGGCUGUGGAACGGAUGAUCGUGCUCUUCUCUGCUUGGAUUCUCUCUGGUCUUGAAAAGAUUUCCUGCUUUUUUUGUCCUUGUCUUUUUUACCCUCUCCUUUUAAUGGAUGCCUCCCCCUUUCUCAGUUUCUACGUGGUUUCAGGCUUUAAUAUAUAGCUGGUGUACACACUACACCUAAAUUACUAGGGAAAGAUAUGCAUAUUCACCUGUUUUAUUCCUUUUCCACACUAUAAAUAGCCAUCAUCUUUCUGGGUUUUCUUCAUUGCAGCAGCUCCUCUUCAGUCAUUCACUGACCAUAGGUGAGGCGUUCAGUUGCAUCACCAAAAUGAGCUACCAACAACAUCCUUCUAUGGGUUCUGGUAGUAGAACUGCCAGAAGAACUUUUGAGUUUGGGAGGACUUACGUGGUGAGGCCUAAAGGGAAACAUCAAGCCACUAUAGUCUGGUUACAUGGUCUUGGUGACAAUGGUUCAAGCUGGUCCCAGCUCCUGGAAAGCCUUCCUCUUCCGAAUAUUAAAUGGAUUUGUCCAACUGCUCCUACACGUCCUGUUGCACUUCUGGGUGGAUUUCCUUGCACUGCAUGGUUUGAUGUGGGUGAGAUUUCAGAAAAUAGUCCAGAUGACUGUGAAGGUUUAGAUGCCUCAGCAGCACAUAUUGCAAAUUUACUGUCAACAGAGCCUGCUGAUGUUAAAGUUGGUAUUGGAGGCUUCAGUAUGGGUGCCGCAACAGCGCUCUACUCUGCAACUUGUGCUGCACUGGGACGAUAUGGAAAUGGCAAUCUGUACCCUAUCAAUCUCAGAGCAGUUGUUGGACUGAGUGGAUGGCUUCCAGGUUCAAGGGGCUUAAAGAACAAAAUAGAAGGAUCCCAUGAGGCUGCAAGGCGUGCAGCAUCCUUGCCCAUUUUGCUUUGUCAUGGAUCAAGUGAUGACGUAGUCUCCUACAACUAUGGAGAGAAAUCUGCCCACACCUUAAAUUCAGCUGGCUUUCGACAUCUCACAUUUAAACCAUAUGAUGGGCUUGGGCAUUACACAGUGCCUAAAGAAAUGGAUGAGGUUCGCAAUUGGCUUGCUGCAAAACUGGGCCUUGAGGGAUCACGCACAUAACUCCUAGUGAGAACUAGUGAUGAGGAACAACGGGGAACAAUAACAAGAUAAGGGAAAGAAACGGAUUUGUAUAAGUAGGUAGUAAAUAGAAUGGGUAUAUGGUAUAGAUAAAUUAACUCUCCUAAUUCCCUUUUGUCUUCUUUCCUGUCCUGAAAAAUAAAGCUUUGAAUGUGUUUUUCUUUUAUUUAGCUUGUAGAAUGUAGCAAUUAGCAGUAAUGGUUGUAGUCAACUCUGCUCACCAUUUUGUUUUCUUAAAUUUAAUGUUCAGUGUACCAGUUUGGUCA